AUGGGAACUGUUUGGAGCAAACAAUUUCCAAGCCCGCUAAGUGGCAGUAAAAGUGGAACAGCAGAAAAUGAGAAAUUUGCAUUCCCAACCGAUGAUGGUGGAAUAGACGUUACAUUACCAGACUAUGAAAAAGUUCGAGUUGUUAGUGCCCAGUUAAACAAUAGCAAAGCGGCUGCAGCAGUUAUUUCAACGUCUUUUACGGCAGGCAUGACUUACCGCGGUCAAGACGAUGACGGCAGCUUUGCGAAUUUUUCAAACCUCAUCGAUAAAGUACGGGCGGAGCGAAGGAUCGAAACGCUGGUGGUCUUCAAUUCUUAUGCAACAGACCGAGCCUGUCUUAGCGAUGGCACGCUGAAAUCACUCGAGAGUGCAGGCAUUACUGUUAUACUACUGAGUGCCACAUCAAACUGUCACCUGCAAGGCGCCGACGUCAAUAGUGAACUGUUGAUUGUGCGUUGCCUCUCUGGGCCCAUACAACCACGACUCUUGGAUAAUAUGAUAAACUGUCUCGGUGUGGUACGUGAUGUGCGUAUACUCUUUAUGUGGCAUGACAACUAUGCGCAGCAGACGGUGAGCAGGCGCAACGAACUACAACAGCAGUUGCGUGAACUCUUCCUGUACUGUGCGCGCGCGAAACUGUUGAAUGUCAUCAGUGUUUAUAACGACUUCGGCAAUGAGAAAUACUACCACACCUACAGCUACUUUCCGAGUUUCCAUUUGGUGCAUAACACGCUGCAGGAGACUUGCUUCCCCAAUCGUUUGAGGGAUAUGCACGGCGCCGCCAUACACACUUUGCCCGAUCAAAAUGAGCCACGUUCGAUAGUGUGGCGGGAUCGUUUGGGACGAACGCAAAUUGGCGGUUACAUGGCGCGUUUAGUAGAGGCGCUUGCAAAGCAUCACAACGCAACGCUCAGUUAUCCGCGCGCGAUUGUGCCGGAUGUGACCUAUGAGUAUGAUGAGAUAUUCAAAAUGCUGCAGAAUGAGACGAUCGAUUUGUUGAUGGGCGUAACGGGCAUGGGCUGGCGCUUGAAUGCAUCGCAAGUAUCCACAUCGGUGCUAUCCUCCUUUUGGGCACCCAUGUUGCCCGUGCCGCCGCUGCGGCCGACGCGCGAUAUAUACGUGCUGAUAUUUGUCUCAGCCAUUGGCGUUAUUUUCUUGCUUUUACUGCUGACUUUCUCGUGUCUGCUCACUUGGGAGCAACUGUGCGCACGCCAUCAAUCUUCAUUUCGUGAAGUGUCUUGCACACUAACGAGUGUCACACACCGCAGCCUACUGGGUCAGCCAACACACGUGCGUAUCUCGUGCACUUUCAUAAGGCGCUUCAUUUGCAUGCUCCUCUUCAUGACUGGUAUUUAUAUGAGCACCACUAGCAGCAGCUACUUGAACACCUACCUCACAAGUAGUCCCAAAAGGCAACGCGUCCUUACGUUUGAUGAACUACUGCGCCACCCGACACGUAUUAAAAUUUCCCCCGGAGAAUACAAAGGUUUAAAGAUAUUUGUGAGCGAAGCGUUUUUGGAAAAGUACAAAGGUGUAUUCCUCGUCACGUCAUCGGUGAAUGAUUACUACCAGCAACGAAAGUCGCUGGACACGAGCUUUGGUUAUACCAUAACGAACUCACUGUGGCAGGCGUUGGUGGAGUAUCAAACUAAAUUGGGCCGUCAUCUGUUCUACAUCAGCGAGGGAAUGCAUUUGGCGGCUAAUCUACAAUUGGGCGUACCCUUGAGCCCACAUUCCAUUUAUAGGAGCGCGCUCAAUGUCUUGAUUCAAAACUCAAUUAGUGCUGGGCUUAUGAAGCACUGGGAAAACCUGGUCUACAGCGAUAUGGUCGCUGCGGGUAAGUUGAAUUUAACGGUUGCAACGAGACCCAUUCUGGCGAAAGGUCUCACUUUGGACGACCUGUAUUGGAUAUGGUGGUUGUAUGGCGUGGGCUUGAUGUUGGCGCUUGUGGUGUUUCUCUUGGAGUGUUAUGUGGGCAGAGUGGCAAAGAGUCGAAAACAAAUUUAA